CUUCGUUGGCUAAGCCCCCGUCGGGGACGCUCUUAGGCGACUGACGGGCGCUGCAGCCUAUGAGGCCGCGCGUGCGUCGCUCGCCUUGCUUUGUUGGCUGUUCUUUUUCCCGGCGGCCUCCGCUGCCGCGCAUGCGCGCCAGGGGCUUGCAGCGUUGGACGCUGUCGGAGCGGUGUUCGUUGGCGGCGAUGGAGACGGCGGGGGAGCCGUUGAAGCCGGCGGGAUCUCCUUCUCCGAGCGCUUGAGUCGGUGUCUCACCGGGCAGCCAUGGGGCUGAGCUCCAGCUCCGAGGUUCCCGACGGGGGCUCCGAGGGCUAUCAUGUGCACGGGAUUCAGGAAAAUUCCCCUGCUCAGCAGGCUGGAUUGGAGCCAUUCUUUGAUUUCAUACUUACCAUAGGACACACCAGACUGAACAAAGAAGGCGACACCCUGAAAGAUCUACUAAAAGCCAACGUUGAGAAAGCUGUGAAACUGGAAGUCUACAACAUAAAAACGAUGAAAGUGCGCGAAGUGGAGGUCAUCCCCAGCAAUAUGUGGGGAGGGCAGGGACUGCUAGGGGCUAGUGUGCGAUUCUGCAGUUUCCAAGGCGCCAAUGAACAUGUCUGGCACGUGCUGGAUGUGGAGCCAGCUUCUCCGGCAGCCUUAGCUGGCCUGAAGCCCCAUUCUGACUAUAUAAUUGGAUCGGAUCAGAUACUCCAUGAGUCUGAGGAUUUCUUCUCCUUGAUUGAUUCCCAUGAGGGAAAGCCUCUGAAGCUAGUGGUCUAUAACACGGAAACGGAUUCCUGCCGAGAGGUUUUUGUGACCCCCAACGGAGCCUGGGGUGGAGAAGGAAGCUUAGGAUGUGGCAUUGGAUAUGGCUACCUGCACCGAAUUCCCACACAGGCUGCUACCCCAAAGAGAGCAGCUGAGACCUCUUUGUCUUCGCCCUCUGGAGACGCACCCCCCGAAUCCCCAGCUAAUGGCUACAUGGAGGCUUCCUUGAUGGCACCUAGCCCCAGAACUGAAGAAACCGAGAGUUUGGGUUACAUCUCCAAUCAAAGUGCAAUUGCCUAUUCAUUCGAAAAUUCCCUGCACCUUCCUGCUCCUACUCCUCCUCCUCCUGUCCAGAGAGUCAUGGAUCCAGAUUUUAUAGAUAUGUCCGGAGCUCCUUUUCCUGAAUUAAUUGAUUUAGUAAAAACAGCCCACGUGCCUUCCUCUCCUUCUUUCACCUUAUCAGAUGUUCUGGAAGCUUCUGGAAGCUUAUCCACAUAUAGUGAAACUCCUUCAUAUUUUGACCAGGCCUCUCUUCCGUUCUCAGAAGAAUCGGUAUCUCUUCAAGCAGAUGAGAGCUGCCAUCCCGAAUUCCUCGAGGGAAGGCCUUCCGUGUCCCCUCCGCCAGCCUUUCCUAUGGACGUGACUCCAGAAGCGCCAUCUGGACUGGAUGCUGACGCUCAGGAAACUGUUGGACACCUCAGUGGGGUUGAGAUCCCCAUACAACCCAAAAGAGACAGUGGUGACAAAAGUGCCCAGGAAUUGAUUGAUGAAACCAAAGAGGCCUAAGCUUUUCAGAGGACCUAUUUCACCUUUGGGCUUUGAAGCUAUUGGCACUGGAAAGCCCUGGUUUUAUGGGCUGCGAAAACAUUUGAUUGGUUUCUGAAUCGCAGUAAAGCUCAGCUUCCUUCAGUUACACUAUUGACUCUGGGGCCUGUAUACCCAUGUUAGUUCUGCUUAGUGGUUAACACUAAUGAUAGGGAGUUCACAAACUGAAUUCUUCCUCCUCCUUUUUCUUUUAAAAAAAGAGCUUCUUGUCUCUAGCGGCUCAUACAUUUUAAAAAAGAAAGGGGGCAGGUAGGAAUUUACUGGGGGGUUUGAGACUGUUUUUUGAGGUAACUUAAGCCUCUUUGGCUUAGUGUACCUGUUUUGCUCUAUAUUUGCUUCCCAAAUCUCCUCACCACUUCCUCCCCGCCCCAAUUUUGGGAGUUGAAGUCCACAUGUCGUAAAGUUGCUCUAGUUGCCCACUCCUUCCUUACGGUAAAGCUUUUAGCCAAUUGCAGCUGAUAAGAAAUGCAGGAAAACUUAUAGUAGAUGUGGGCUUCAACUCCCAGAAUUCCUGACCCAGCUGGCUCAGGAAUUCUGGGAGUUCCACAUGUUGUAUGAUUGCCAUAGUUGCUCAUCCCUGCCUUAAGGUUAGGCUUUUAAGGUGUGUGUGGUUUUUUUUUUGCAAAUUUAAUUGUUUGUUACCUCUGUGCCCUAUCCCUUUGACUUGAGAUUAUUUUAUUUGAAAAGUUAACUUAGAAUUUCAAUAGGAAAAAUACCAUGAACUUUUACUCUAAAAUCCCAUCUCCCCCUAUAAGAAAAAUCAACCUGUUUGAUCUUCCUUUGAUCCAUUUGAGCUUCUGCCCUGCACCCAAGUCUUCCUGAAAGGCAUGAGCAGAAUUAAGACCCCAAAGAAAGUAUGUUUCUUUCUCUGACCCCAGCAGAUUCCAUGAAUGGGAUGGUUUGGGUUUCAGUAAGAGUGGUGUCCACGUGUAAAAGAACGCAAUCUCAUUAUGUAGGUACAUUGGGCUGGGAAUUUCUCCUAACCUCCGUUUUAUGUUUCACCCUAGAGAGCUAUAAUCAUUAUUUGCUGCUGCCAAAAGUUUAUUUGGAACCCCGUGAAAACUCUCUUGGAAUAGUAGCUGAAGAAUCAAAGGACACUAGCAAUGUAGGGUUUUUACUGCCAAGCUACUGUAUGUCUGGUUAGAGGUGUUAGUACAAUGGCACUAAAUCAAUAUUUAAUUUGAAGUGCAUGCUACCAAGCCAUCUUGUAAUGCAGUGGUGCCUCUUAAAAUGGAAGCAUUCUUUUCUGCUAAUGUGGAAAGUGAGCAAGAUUGCUUCCAAUAUGAAUAAUGGAGCAAAUUGGUAACACUAUAUUGAGUGUUUCUCAACCUUAGCCGCUUUAAGAAGAAUGGACUUCUAAUUCCCAGCAUUCCCUAGCCAGCAUAGACCGGCCGGAGAUUUCUUGGAGUUGGAAGUCCCUGCAUCUUAAAAGUGGUCAAGGUUGAGAAUCAUUGACCUACAUGCAGGAAUGGGCUUUCAAGGAUCAUUUUCUGAUGCUUGUUUCUGAAAUUUAUUUAGUUAUUUUUAAAGAUUGUGAAAGUUGCCCAUCUGUGUUCAUAAGAGAGAUUUAUUCUAACCUGAAGCCAUUUUAUUGUUGGUUUUAGAAUUUCUUUAACUUGGUACGUUGUCAGCUACUAAAGUCUUACAAUGAUUUACA